AUGAUGUGCAAGAUAGUAACACACACUAGUCGCUCGCUUCGGAGAGGUCUCUGCUCUUCGACGGACGCAUCGACGGAAGAGACAGAGGGGCCGCCUGAGGCAGCAAGGCCGCGAACUUUCGUUGAUCCAAAAAACUACGCUCUCCUUGUAGCUGAGCAGCGAGAGCAGUGGCACGUGGAACAGGGGCUGCGGGCUGGUGUCUAUACCCUCGCCCGGUAAGCAAGAACCCGCGUCUUUACUAAUCCCAGUAGUCUUCACUAUUAGCUGCACGAAUGUCCACAAUUACAUUUCACAAUCCUCGUGUCGGACCUCCAGGUCGGCUCCAUGAAAUUUGCCACCCGGGACCGCUUCGCGCGCGGCAAAUCACAAGCUGGAGAGCGGAGGCUAUGUGGAGAUGAAAGGCUCAGACCAGGAGCACAGUAGAGGGCUUGUCACGGCACUCGUCCGGUCCUCGGGCGCGGCGAGCCUGGAGAAGGAGGAGAAGGAGAAGGAGGAGAAGGAGGAGAAGGAGAUGCUGCCGGCUGCAGGUGCUGCCGAGCCAGUAGUUGCAGGCGUUGCUGAGCCGGCCCCAGCUGUGUCGGCUUCAGAUGCAUCCGACACCGAGCAGCAGCAACACUCGGCAGCGGCGGCCUCUGAUUAUGGGGGGCUCACCAGCUCAGACCUGUCAGACGGCCCGGGCGACUCCGAAGGGGGUAGCCGCCCCCUUGCUUCUGACAAGGGAGAUGAUGGCCUGCCUGGUCUUGAUUGGGAAUGGGCGGUCGGUGCGCACACUAUCCCAGUCCGAUCUCGCAGGGCUGCGGGCCGCAUUACACAACACACCGCGGUUUGAGAACUGCCCUCACUUUGCACGCUACGUCACGAGGACGGUUAACCCGCAAGGUACGCGCGGAUGUUUAGGGGGGGGCGGGCGUAUGGGGGAGUGCAGUUGGCGGACAGGUUGUGGUGUCCAUGUCCAGCGGGCGGCGGGUGGGGUGGGUGCGGGGAGAAAGUGGGGGGAGCGGGGCAUUGACACGUCUGUUGGUGUACUACGUAUGCAUGCAUGCAGGGUGAACCGUCAAGAGGCUGGAUGAAAUGGUUGUGAAGCGCGUGCUUGGCGGGGACACCGCUGCUUCUGGAGCUGCUGCUGCGGCCAGUGUGCGGUGGCCAGUGGCACACGUGUUCUGCCGAGCCGAGGUGAAUGAGGAGGUCCUGUCUAGCGCCAGUUGUCGCACAUGCGUGUCUUACUAUAUGCUCAUCAAGUACACAGUGGCGAAGAAGGUGGAUGGCGUGAAUCGCAGUGUUCAGCAGCCGUAUGUAUGCCGUGUGCGCUUCUACGUUAAGCUGCCGUGUACUGCGGACUUGGUGUCGGCCGCGGGGGAUGGGCUUGGUCCACAGACGCAACGGCGGUUGAAUGGGAGGCAACCGGUGCGGCUGGCUAUCGUGAAUGUGCGGGAAGCAGAAGAGGUAUUGGAAGGUCGGCUGUAUAAGGUUACAGGUGCUGUGCCGGAUGCAGCGUACGUGCACUCCUCUGACGACGACCUACCCGCUACCCUGUCCUGGUAUGCGUUGCCGCCGUCUGCCCUUUCAAUGGGGACGGCGCAGCGCCUGGUUGUUGCAGCAGAUACUGGUGACGUGGAUCGCGGUGAUAGGUACUUCAUGCCGUACUGGCUACGUGUCAUCGCAGCCUGUAUGUGCCUCUUUUCCUCGUGCACAAGGCACCAGCGCAGCGCCCGAAAGCGCAGGGCCAUAUUAUGUUAGCCUUGCCCGCACGGAAGCGCCGGCGUUGCCCCAAUAUGUUGCAAGCGAGCGAGCGGGUUUGGCAAUUCCAGGGUGACCAUAACAUGGAGCACAGCACCUCGGGUGCUGCUGUUUGCCAGGGGCAGCUGCCACGGUCGUGCUUAUAUGCAUAUGAAUAACGCACUCAGCGCAUCGCCUUGGAGUCUGGGCUACACAGGGCCAAGGCCGGCACUGUACACAGGGCACGGCGCGUGCCGUGUACAGAGAGCAG